CCCCGGAUUAGUCAAUCCAGCAACAACUAUACCUCUCUGAGGCAUAGGUUCGUCACACAUGGGCAAGUCCAUUGGUUCGGCAGUAUGUGUUUUUCAGUUUUUUAUUACCCCUUUCCACCUAUAUCACGAUCCCACGAAUUAGUGCUUGCGAAAGAAAGGGUCGAGCAGCUCACUAAAGAAAAUCGUGAGCUGAAGGCGGAAACGUUACAGCUAAAAACACUUUUACGUCGCCAUGAUGUUUCGUUACCGCGAGCAUCAAGCCGUCGAACGCCCCCUACCCGACAAGCCGACACUGAACCGGGUUACCUCAGGACAACAGUUGCGUCACAAACACGAAGCAGCAUCGCGCCUAUCCAAGAAAAUUCACCCAACCCGAAGAAAUACGAAACCGUAAAGAUCGGUUGGCGCGGUGCGGCUAGAUAUGACGACGGUAAACUUAUAGAGUUGAAGAGAGACUACUUUGGACCCGAACAAAGAUACAUGUCUUCCACUGUGUCGUCGGCGAAUAGACGGUGCUGGGCCAUGCUCCCUUACAAACACCUGUAGCGGAGGGAUGAUUCAACUGAAUCGGAAGGGCGGAGCGGCACCGACGAACCCGAAACCCGGGAGGAGCACAUCGAAGUGCAAAUUCCAGAAUCAAUUCCGAACGAGAGCAGU